CACUCGAUGCAGCUCUUCGCGUAAUUAUAUUCUAACUCGUUAUAACGCUGCAUUUUCCUUCCCGCGUUCUUUUCAUUUUUCUCUUCUUCUCUUUCUUUCUUAAGCGUGCAAGCCAUUUCUUUUUUCAUUCUCAACUCUCAACACUCUUCCAUUCCUUUUCCCCUUUCUCUAUUUAAGUCCUCUCUCUCUCUCUCUCUCUCUCUCUUGGAUUUCUUCGUCUUCUUCUUCGGUUCCUAUUAUAAGAUUAUAUCGUGAUUGAAGCAAUGGGGAUCCAUUUGAGCAAGAACACCACUGAAGCAUCAUCUUCUGCUGGCAUCAACUUCAAUUCCAAUGUAGCCACUGAAUUGAGCUCUUAUGAGGCUGCUUGCAAGAUUGAUUCUGAUAUGCAGUCCUUUGACGCCGCCCUUCAAACUCGCACGAAUGAAGCCAUCAGUACUAUUGCUCUUGGCGUGGAACUCCGCUCCCUUUCGUUCGAAUCGCUCAAGCAAGUUACCAAAUGCCUCUUGGAUAUGAAUCAGGAUGUUGUAAAGAUGAUCUUGAAUUGCAAGAGAGAUAUUUGGAAGGACAAAGAGCUAUUUGAUCUUGUUGAGGAGUACUUUGAUAACAGUUUGAAGACAUUGGAUUUCUACAAUGCUCUGGAGAAGUGCCUGAAGCGCGCUGCGGAUAACCAAUUGCUUAUCCUUGUUGCCUUCCAACUGUUUGAUGAGGAAACCGAGGUUGGGAGCAGCCGGUUCGUGAGGACACUGCAGGGGCUGAAGAAUUUCAAGGCUGCUGGUGAUCCUUUUACUGAGGAAUUCUUCCAAAUUUACCAGUCUGUGUAUAACCAGCAGAUACUUAUGCUUGAGAAGUUGCGGCUGAGGACGAAUAAGAUUGAUAAGAAGCUGAAACACAUACAUACUUGGAGGAAGGUGUCGAGUGUUAUAUUUGUGGUAACUGUUGCUGCUGUAUUGAUAUGCUCUGUUGUGGCAGCAGCUGUUGCCUCACCUCAUGUUGCAGCCGCUCUGGCUGCUGCUACUGCGAUCCCAAUUGGCUCAAUGGGGAGGUGGAUUGACUCUUUGUUGAAGAAAUAUGAAGAUGCACUUAAAGGGGAAAAGGGGGUAGGUAUCUCGGCACAAGUUGGCACUUAUGUUGCUAUAAAGGAUUUGGAGAAUAUCCGGGUUCUCAUUGAUCGGCUGGAAGUUGAGAUUGAAUCUCUGAUGCAGAAUGUUGAUUUCGCCAUCGAGCAAGAAGCUGUGAAGGUUGCAAUAGAGGAGAUCAAGAGGAAGUUGGGAGUAUUUAUGAAGAAUGUUGAAGAUUUAGGAGUCCAAGCCGAUUCGUGUAGUCGCGACAUUAUGAGGGCAAGGACAGUGGUUCUACAAAAAAUUAUAAUGCUUCCUCACAGCUGAAGUCCUUCUUCUGCAUUGGCAACAAGUAACUCUUAAUUUGUUGAGGAAUUGAUGUGUUCCUUAUUUAUAUUUAUGAAAUUUCAUUGAUUUUCUGUUAUCAUAGGUCCAUGAAAACUUGGGGGUAUAUGUUUGUAGAGGAGUUUCAGUCAUUUGACAUGUGUAGACAGCUAAAAUAUCUUUGUUUGCAGACCAAAAAGGACGAAUGUAUGUAAUUGAUUCAUUAGUGUCUGAAUAUCAUUUGUUUGUUGAUGAACUAA